CAUUUAAUUUUAUAUAGAUGAGACAUUUCUACAUAGCUGCAAAAGCAUUUGAUGUUUUGGAACAUUUGGAUCCAAGUCCUGCACACUGGAGUGGCAAACGUGGUGCUCUUGUUGGAUUGUUUCAAAGUAUUGUAUUGGGUAGAGAACCAAGAGAUAUGCUGAAGGAAUUGCUUCUCAUUCUUCGAAACACAAGUAAUCCACAAGUGGAAUAUAUAUCUCGUAUAAUUACUAAGUGGGCUAACGAUCAUAGAGUUGAAAUCAAUUGAAACGCAUUUUAACCUUAAGACUUAUUAAUUUGGUUAAUGUGUUUUCUUUAUAUUGUUGGUUUUAAAUAUAUUAUUUCAUAAAUUGUUUUAUCACAAGUGUGUUUC